ACACGGCCGCGCAGUAACGCGCUCUUGGUGAAUGGUAAAGUUAAGCUCGAAGGUAGCGCACUAAACGCGACAGGUAAAUCAAGUUUACCUGCGUGCGCACGCGAAGUGCCGUGAGUACCCGAGUCAAGCACAUCAGAUCAAAUCGCGCAAGAAAUUAAAAACGAACGGGAUAGAAGAAUCUCUUUUUAGUUUGAACUGUUGUAACCGUUUGGAAGGAGAAGAACGGCAACAUCACACGAUACCUACGUUGCAAUACAGACACCGGUUACCUCCAACUUUCUGCGGAGCGCAGUUUCUUUCCGACUCUUGUGAGUUGUCGGCGCUUCGCGUGUGCGGUCCGCGCCUCGUUGGGUGGUGGCGUUAUGUGGUGAACCGCGUGUGCCGUUCGCCGGGCGCAAACAGAAUAAUGUAAAUAUCGCGCGAAUAACAAUAUAGAUAACCGGAGCUGUGCAACCUGUGCAUGUGUAUGUGUGUUUUUGUGUGAAUUUACACGUCAGCCGCGCGUUUUGUUCGCUCGCUAGGUUUACCAGUAAUAAUAGUUUACCAGAGGAGAGAAGGUAAACUGAAAUGCACUGGACCUUAUCCGGGCACCGUACGAUUCAGUUGUGUGCAAAAUUCUGCACAGCGAAUCGGCGCACGGCAACAAGACCAGCAACAAAGCAACUCACGCCGGUACUGCGUUACAACAAACGUCAUAAUAACCGCUGGAGAUCUUAACGGCUGCCAAGCACCAACAAUCUGUUUCCACCAACAAUCACAAAGUGGAUAACUUUAUGCGGUGCAUAAAUUGCAACAAAUUUGCGUGCGCGCUGCAAAGCUAAAACAAACCAGUCAACUGGAAAGUCAAUAUUAGUCGAUAAUUUUCAUGCCACAAAGCAUGAUAAGUUUAAACAAAUAAAUAUUUUUUGUGUACAAUUGUGAACAUCGAUGGUGUGUGUGUGAAUGUGUGUUACUAUUGAUAUAAUAUACGUGAGAGGAGCGUGGAAUUUGUACAAAAAUGCGGCUAACCUGUUUGGAAAGGUGGAAGAUUUUAUGUGUGGUACCUGCUCUGCGUCAUUUUGAGUACGACGCGUGUGUACAUUCCCAAUCAUAAAGCGAUUAGGCGCCGCAUAUUGCUGCGCCAUUCAAACAAUUCCGCUGAAAGGACAAUAAAGUCUGGUGAAACAUACCCCGCUCAAAAUGGAGCACUCCGAACUGGUUAAGGACAUGGUCAUCACCGAACAGAUGUCGACGCAGGAUCGCCUUCGUCAGGCGAAGCAUCGUCGAAUGCAGCAGCUUAAGAUUUGGCAGAUGCGAGAAAGGGAGAACUCGCGCAAAACGACUAAAAAGUCUACCAAAAGGCACAUUGUCUUCGAUGAAAGCGUUGUGUUAUUGGAGGCGGCGGCGAGGAACGACAUUGACGAAGUCCGACGUCUGUUGAUGAAAGGCGUCAAUCCAAAUUCAAGCAACGAGGACGGAUUGACGGCCCUGCAUCAGUGCUGCAUCGACGACAACGAAUCGAUGCUGCAACUACUUCUAGAGUACGGCGCCAAUGUAAACGCGGAGGACAGCGAAAAGUGGACGCCGCUUCAUGCUGCCGCCACAUGUGGACAUUUAAAACUAAUCAAAAUAUUAAUAGGGAGAGGGGCAAAUUUAUUGGCUGUGAACGCCGACGGCAACAUGCCGUACGAUAUUUGCGAGGAUGAUAAGGCGUUGGACUACAUUGAAAGCGAAAUGGCUCGGCGGGGAGUUACACAACAGCUGAUCGACGACACGCGAGCGCAGACCGAAAAGCGGAUGCUGGACGACCUGCAACGCAUUGCGGUAAACGGGGGUGAUUUGGAAGUGCCGGACGCUCAGAAUGCCACACCGCUCCAUAUUGCUGCAGCAAACGGUUACAUGUCAGUAGUCGAGUUCCUCUUAAAAAAUAACGUAAAUACGGAUGUCAAGGACAAGGACGACUGGCGGCCGGCUCAUGCAGCAGCUUGUUGGGGACACCUAGAAGUGCUGGAGCUCCUGGAGCUCAACGGGGCAGAUCUUACGGCCAAGAAUAAACACGAGGAAACGCCUGCAGAUAUUUGUGAAGAUCAGGAAAUGAAAGAUAGGAUUACUGAACUAAUUAUGGAGCAGGAGCAUAAACGUGCUGCUGAAGCCCAGAAAAGAACAAAGGUGAAAAGGACGCAAAGCAGCAAUACAAGGACACAGUCUGUGCGGCGAACGUCGUUGCGUGAUAAGGGCCAGACGGCUCGGAGGGACGCGGCCGAGGAGUUACGCUUUAGGCGAGAGGCGGUACAGGGACUCAACACGGACGAACAAUUAGUCCAAAUGAACGGUUCGUUACAAAAUGGCAUUACGCCUCAAGUCAACAAUAAUCACCAUGCUAAAGAACCAAACAACGAGCGAAGUCUAGUGGCUGCCAACAUGAAUAGCUUGGAGGGGUUGGAACGGCGUGCUCCCGAUGGCAAAGACGAUGAUGACGAUGGCCUAGUCGAAGAGGUAAUCGAGUGUAAAAACGAUAAAGGAUAUAACAGCAACGGUGACGCAAAGGUUACUGUCGUCCACGUAUUGGUGACAAUUAAUGGCACGGGAACGCUCGCCGAUCUUAAAAAGCAGCGCAUGCAAAUGCGUACUUCCAGCGCUCCGGACAUUAACAGCCCGGGUUCGCCAGUGAGCACCAUCUCUGAUGGUGGCGACUCCAACACUGCAGCCGCAGCCGCUGCGGCGAUGGCCGGUCUCCUUAAGUUCACGACUGAUGAGGUGGUUGGAGCGGAAAAGCCAAGAAAGUGUUGUGUUAUCGUUUAGCGCGGUUUUAUUUUUUUAAAUAUUUUCCGAAAUUAGGCAAACUUACAAAAUAACAUUUAUGGAAAAUACAUUGAUAAAAUUUGAAAAUCAGUGCUUGAAAGUCUGAAUUUAUAUAUUAUUGAAUUAUGAACCUAAAUGAUCCUGCUAAUUAAAAUUGCAAGAUGAAUUUUAUUUAAUUGUUUUAUAAGCAUUGUUCAUUACUUGAUUUUAACUGAGAUUCCAAGAUAAUUAUAAAAGCACGUGCAAUGAACGUGGUAACUCUUUGAACAAAUGUGAAGCACCAAACGGAAACGAAACAUUCCCAAUGUAAAAUACAGUACCAGUUAUGAUGUGAUUACAGAUACAUUCUAAGGAUGAUUGAACAUUUUUCGUAUUUUUUAUUCUUUUUUAAAACAUCCAAUAUAUUUGGCAUUGCCUCUAUUAGCUUUAAUUGUUUUCAACAACUAUUUCACAAAAUUGUUUACAAACAAUAACGAAAACAUCAAAAAUUAGCAGUUAUCAAAUAAUGGUUUCGAGGAAACGGCUUUUGUUCAAUUGUACACUUAGAAUUCUUAAAUAUGUGAAUUGGUUCAUAAUUUUGUAAAACGUAAUUGACGAAAUUUUUGUUUGUACAUAGAAAAUAAGAUUGUAACCAUAAGCAGAAGGAAGCAUAAUGUAAAUUUCUAUACAUAUUAUUUAUUUCUUAGCGAGCAAAUAUUUUAUGUAAUGAAGAAAACAGGAGCCGUCUCGGGCGUAUCGCAUGCAAUUUUAUUUAUAAUUACCAGUUCAUUAUAAAGGACACACUCCGCACAUUAGUUUUUACAUACAUAGAUUACAUAACUAUUCAGCAUUUUGUAUCAUAAUCAUGUUCUAUAAAGCAGUUAAAAAUAUAUAAAGUUUGAGGCAAAUUGUAACUGUUAAAUUCAGCAAAUGUUGUGAAUUUAUAUAUACUGAAUUGUUAUGUGACGGUAGAAGAGACAUAAGGUGAAGAACACACUAAUUACAAUUACUCGGUCUAAUUAAGAGACGAUGAAUACUAAGUACUUGAAAAUGAGAGAAAAAUAAAGUUUCAAGUCAAAUAAAA